CCUUGCGUGGGAUACAUACAGUUGGGCUACGACGCGUUCGCAUUAUUUUUCGCGUCGUCGGCGUUGCGGUCAGUCAGUACUGAUUCAAAUCUUCCCGUGUACAAAACUGGUAACGAAAACGGUUUUACCCCCCGGAUCAAACACAAUUGUGCCAGCAAACCUAAAUUUGUAGUGAAAUCUGUCAAAUGGCAAACAAGUGAUCGAAGUAGCAUAUCCAACAGCAGCAACCGCGCCUCAGCAACAGCGUAAAGUAAAUAAAGUUGUGUACGCAAUAUAUACGCCAACAGCAACAACAGCAAAAAAAGAAGAAGCGAGGCAACAACACCAGCAUAGCCUGUAGGUGAUCAUCGUUGAGUUGUGAAGAAGUGGCCCGCUAAAGCAAGUGGAAGUGAAGCAUCAGCAGCCAGCAGCAGACGACAACGUCGUGUAUCGAUCGUGCAAGUGCGCCGCUAGUGGAGUGACAGAGUGCGAGAUACAACAAAAAUGGCCUCUUUUCGAAAUGCGACACACCAGAAGAGCCUGUCCGUGGAGGAACGGGCGGAAAUGCGGGAGAAGUUCGAGGAGAUUGACACCAACAAAGACGGCUUCAUCGAGCUGAAAGAGCUAAAGGAUGCACUCGACCAGGUGGGCUUCAAACUGGCGGGCUACCAAGUUCGCCUCAUGAUCGACGAGUACACGAACAAGCAACGAUCGCAUCAUGUCGGCAAACUGUCGUACGAUGAGUUCGAAUCGCUGUGCAUGGAUCUGAAGGCAAAGGAAGUGGCGAGCACAUUCAAGAAGGUGGUCUCCAAGAAAGAAAAUUUGGAAACGCUGGGCGGUAUGUCCGACUCGUCGGCCGCCGGUACGACACAUUCGGUGCGCGUCGAGGAGCAGCUCGCGUUCAGUGACUGGAUCAACUCGAACCUUAUGCAGGACCCCGACCUAAAGCAUCUGCUGCCGCUCGACUCUGAGGGCAAGCAGCUGUAUGACAAGAUGAAGGAUGGUAUUUUGCUGUGCAAGAUCGUUAACCACUCCUGUCCGGAUACGAUCGACGAGCGUGCGAUCAACAAGAAGAACCUAACCGUGUACACCAAGUUCGAGAACCUAACGCUGGCGCUAGUGUCCUCGCAAGCAAUCGGCUGUAACAUUGUCAACAUCGAUGCGCACGAUCUGGCGAAAGGCAAACCGCAUCUGGUGCUCGGUCUGCUGUGGCAGAUCAUCCGCAUCGGGCUGUUCAGUCACAUCACGUUGGACAGCUGUCCGGGACUGGCCACGCUGCUGUCGGACGGUGAGCGGCUCGAGGAUUUGAUGAAGCUGUCGCCCGAAGCCAUCCUGCUGCGCUGGGUCAACCACCAUCUGGAGCGGGCCGGUAUCGCGCGUCGCUGCACCAACUUCCAGAGUGACAUCUCCGACUCGGAGGUGUACUCCUACUUGCUGAAUCAAAUCGCUCCCAAAGACGCGGGAGUUAAUCUGGAAGCGCUCAGGGAACAAAACACCUUAAACCGUGCCGAAGUGAUGCUGCAGCAGGCAGCAAAGCUAAACUGCCGAUCAUUCGUCACGCCGCAAGAUGUCGUGAACGGUGUCUAUAAGCUCAAUUUGGCCUUUGUGGCCAAUCUGUUCAACAACCAUCCAGGGUUGGAUCAGCCGGAAGAGAUCGAAGGACUAGAGUCGAUCGAAGAAACGCGUGAAGAGAAAACAUACCGCAACUGGAUGAACUCGAUGGGCGUCAAACCGCACGUGAACUGGCUCUACUCGGAUCUGGCCGAUGGACUGAUCAUCUUCCAGCUGUUCGACAUCAUUCAGCCGGGCAGUGUGCAGUGGAAACGUGUGCAUCAGAAAUUCACGCCGCUGCGUAAAUUCAUGGAAAAGCUCGAGAACUGCAACUACGCGGUUGAGCUGGGCAAACAGCAAAAGUUCUCGCUCGUCGGUAUUGCCGGACAGGAUCUUAGCGAUGGCAAUGCGACGCUAACGUUAGCACUCAUCUGGCAGCUGAUGCGUGCCUACACUCUCUCGAUUUUGUCCCGUCUGGCCAACACCGGCAACCCGAUCAUCGAGAAGGAAAUCGUCCAGUGGGUUAACUCGAAGCUGCAAAGCGCCGGCAAGCGGACCAGCCUGAAAAGCUUCCAGGAUCCGGCCAUAGCCGACGGCAAGAUCAUCAUCGAUCUGAUCGAUACGAUCAAGCCGGGCUGCAUCAACUACGAUAACGUGCGCGACGGUGGCAAUCCGGAGGAGAACCUCGAGAACGCCAAGUACGCCGUCUCGAUGGCACGCAAGAUCGGUGCGCGCGUGUACGCCCUGCCGGAAGACAUUACCGAGGUGAAGGCCAAGAUGAUCAUGACCGUGUUCGCGUGCCUGAUGGCGAUGGACUACGUGCCAAACAUGGAUAGUGCGAAAACGGCACCACCGACGGUCGCUUCGGUUGUGCAGACUCCACCGGCCACCCAACGGCAGGAACAACCCCAGCAGCAGCAGCAGCAAGCUUUAGAGAACGAAUCGGUCCCUACCGCAGUCACUACCAACGGCACGAACGGAAACGGUGCAUUAGGUGACGAUGAGGAUCAUCAGCAUGAGCAGAAGCAGCCGCAGGAAGAGGCACCAGCAGAACCGUCUGCCACGAGUGAAACGAUAUCAUCCACCUCACCAACACCACCGCAAAACAACUCCACCACCGCUACAGCUGCUGUCGUUGAUGAAUUUGUCGAUUGAGCAUCCCGCCGUUCUUGCGGUGUAGUGUGUACAGAGCCUGUCGUCCUGAUUCCGCCUAAUGCAACGGAUUUGUGAAAGGGAAGCAAACGUGACCAGAUAAGUCAAUAUAAUAUAUCCGGGUUACAAUAAGGGUUGAAAAGUGAACCAGCUCGCUAACAUGUUGUACCGUGUUUAACGUGUGAGUGUGUGUGCGUGUGUGUGUUUGAAAAGAAAGGCAAUUAAUUGUAAAUUAACAGGUGGUAAGGUUCAAACUGCCUACAAAAGCCAUCGUGCUGGCUGGCACACCAAGUAGUGUCGGCACGACGAAUGUAGCAGCAGUCAUUCAACAAACGCAACGCAACAUGUGCAGCACGCACACGGAUGCACGAGCGAGCGAGGGAGCAUGGGAACGUAGAGGGAGGGGCAGGGGUUUUCGGAUGUAAUGCAAUAAUAAUAAUAAUGAGUAUAAUUACGUUCACAACUAUCAUAAUAAUAACGUUAAGGAUAAAACAAGAAAACAAGCACACUACCACCACCACAGCAUCAGUUUGCCAAACGCGCGCGACACACACACACAACGCAACGUGACCGGCAGGUGGACAUAUUUCAAGUACGACAGUAUGUUUUAGCUUCACUUUAAAAAGGGGCUACUGGUCGCCUCGGUCAGCCGAGUUUAUGCGUCAAAUGGUCGCAGGCAUCAGACACUCUGAGUUGAACACGCAGAUCAACGGUCCGCUAGCAGGGACGACCAAUGUAAAGCGGCGUAUGUGUAAAUUACCAAUUUAUCAAUAAUAUGUAUGCAAAGCUCAUUUACAACGUAACACGGACGAAUGAGGGAUUUACAUUUGUGUGUGUGUGUGUGUAUGAUUUUUUUUAAUUAAGAAAUCUUAAGUUUAUCACAGAAAUAACUAUCCUUCUAGCUCUCGUAUCACUCGAGCUGCUGCCGUAGUGCAACGAGAUAAAGGGGAAAUUCAGACUCCUUGCAACACCGAACGCCUACUCGACCGACCGACCGGGACGAUGUGCGAAGCCUCGAACUGGACAAUCGUAGUUCCGCUUCAUUCACACAUCUCUUUUAACUCCUUUCUUACUAAACUGUCGCAGAAAAAAAAACUGUUCAAAUGUCGGUAAUGAUUGUCCAGCACCCUAGGCCAUCAACAUCGUCCACUCAAGUCGCGUUCGACGUGUUAAGUUGUCUGGAUUUCUUUGGCUGAAGGCACACUUCCGUAAAACAUACCUCUACCAAACGAUUCCUUCGUGCAUUGCAAUUGCACACAUAUGGAAUGGACCUAACGAGUGAGGAAUUGUACUGUGCAGGGAAUUAAAAACGUAAAUGACUUUAAAACCUCCAUAAAGCAAGCAUAACGAUGCUUAGGAGGGCGCAAUCUUUAUUUUAAUCCUUAACGCAACAACGCAUCCACCCGUUCGCAUCCACCAAUCGCGUUUGUGGACCGAGGGUCCAAAACAGGGGAUUGUAUCACGGAAACCAAAAACGAACUAAACAGCAGUUAUGUGCCAAAAUCAAAAAACACCCAUGAAACACCGUUAAAACAGCAACUAUUCGUCAAAACGAUCGCAUGAGAGUAUAUCACACACGAUUAUCGCGUCCCCAACCCUUAUCAAAGCUUCCGUAUCUAAACCAUUAUUAGCAGAAACUAUUGCUUAGGCUAGGCAUUCAACCCGUUUGGUUUUCUUUAUUUCGGUUACUUCUUUUUAAAGCAUAUGAACAUGUACAGACUACGGCAUGAAUUGAACAUUUGAGCCCUGAGAAAACCUGGUGCACCGGUUAGCAGAUAGGGAUGGGAAACGGUGGUAAGGAAUUUAAAAAAAAAACAGUCGAAAAAUCUAUCUGUUAAGCCAGUAUUAGGUUUCGUUGUGCAUAGGAAAGUGUCGUAGGAGGACCACUUAAAACAAGCGCAGUAGAGUUUGUUUGAUCGAAGGUUUUGUUUAUUUGGUUUUGUUUGUUCGUUUGUUUUUACCAGUAGCAUAAGAGUGUACGGAAUAAGCGAGUGACUCCAAAUGACUUGUAAGCAAUCACGUGCGUUGCGCCUGCAUUUAAAACGGAAUGCUUCGGAAAACUCCUAGGCACAGUUUAACCUUGUCGCUUCACUUUUUUUCGCGUGUCCAACCAGCGCAAUGGUCCUUAACGCAUCAGCAAACAACCGCACAUCAGUGUAAUCCGAGCAAAGUUGAAAAUGUAAGCCAUAAAACCGGACUUCAAGGAGGGUUUCUUUAAUCGUCUUAUUUGCACCGCAAACAAAAAUUACGAACGGGCUUUGUUUACAUAUGUUGUGUAAAAUUUAUCAUAGUGUGUGUGUGUGUGUGUGUACACGCUUUUGUUUCUAGCCCCUUACUGUUUUACUGCCGCGGAAUCCCUCCCCGUCACGCGGCGAAACGGGCGUAAAUCCGGUGGGUACGACGAAGUUAACUAGGCAGAAAACGGGGUUGCUUUUUGUUUUUUUUUUUGGAUUACUACUACACGGGAGGAUGAUUACAACUUACUAUGAAAUAAAAGCGAAAACAUCUGAC